AUGAAGUUUGUCAUCCUAAGCAGCUGCUGUUCUAGUCCGAAACGUGGAUGUUUGUUCCCGAAACUUUAAGUGAUAUAACUUUUUUAACUUCUGUCUGGCACCCAAGAGACUUGAGCUCGUAAGGAACUGACAUCUGGGGCACAUAAUUCUAUAAAGCGUGUAACUCUCGUGUCAACUUUGAAGUACUUUCCGAAAGACCAGAUAUGUAAAGAAACAGAAGGAAAAGAAACGGAAAAAGUCAACCGCUGCCAGUGGGAGCUAGGACUCAGUCAACAUGGGUGACUGGAGUGCUUUAGGAAGACUUCUUGACAAAGUCCAGGCUUAUUCCACUGCCGGAGGAAAGGUCUGGCUUUCUGUUCUCUUCAUUUUUCGAAUCCUAGUCUUGGGGACAGCAGUUGAGUCAGCCUGGGGAGAUGAACAGUCAGCUUUUAAAUGUAACACCCAGCAACCAGGUUGUGAAAAUGUAUGCUAUGACAAGUCUUUUCCUAUCUCCCAUGUCCGUUUCUGGGUGCUACAAAUUAUAUUUGUUUCAACUCCCACACUACUUUAUCUAGCGCAUGUUUUCUACCUAAUGCGCAAAGAAGAGAAAUUGAACAAAAAAGAAGAAGAACUGAAAGUUGUCCAGAAUGACGGUGGCGAUGUAGAUUUGCCACUCAAGCAAAUUGAAAUCAAGAAAUUUAAGUAUGGGCUGGAAGAGCAUGGAAAAGUAAAAAUGAAAGGAGCCUUGAUGCGUACCUACAUUGUGAGCAUACUUUUCAAGUCUGUCUUUGAAGUCGGCUUUCUGUUGAUUCAAUGGUACAUAUAUGGUUUUAAGCUGGAGGCCAUUUACAGAUGUGAAAGGGAUCCGUGCCCUCAUAAAGUGGACUGUUUCUUGUCCCGCCCUACUGAGAAAACCAUCUUCAUCAUCUUUAUGUUAGUAGUGUCUUUGGUGUCACUUCUACUAAAUGUGAUUGAGCUUUUCUAUGUCCUCUUCAAAGGCAUCAAGGAUCGGGUGAAAGGAAAAAGAGAUCCCUACACAAACAACAUGGUCAUGAGCCCAGUAGCUAAAGACUGCACAUCUCCAAAAUAUGCCUAUUACAAUGGCUGCUCCUCCCCAACAGCACCCAUGUCUCCUAUGUCUCCGCCAGGCUACAAACUUGCCACUGGAGACAGGACCAACUCUUGUCGCAAUUACAAUAAGCAGGCCAAUGAGCAAAACUGGGCAAACUACAGCACUGAGCAGAACCGUCUGGGCCAAACAGGCAGCACCAUCUCAAACUCCCAUGCGCAAGCAUUUGACUACCCGGAUGAUGUGCCAGACAAUAAGAAGCUACCAUCCGGACAUGAGCUACAGCCUCUAGCUGUUGUGGACCAAAGGCCCUCAAGCAGAGCCAGUAGUCGAGUCAGCAGUAGAGCUCGACCUGAUGAUCUUGAUGUGUAGCCCUUGUAACACUGUUUUGAAGGGUGGUACUUUCCAUUUCAUGGUCUCCUUCGGGAGUUCUAAAACUCAGAAACUUGUUCAGAUACUUACACUGUUGGGGGUACUAUCCAUCUAUGGAAAGUUGAGAAACUGAUAUUAAACAAAUAGUAGGGAAUAAAUACGAUGACAUUAGGAGACCUGAAGGGUCUUCAAAAGAGGAUAUGCUGGAUAAGUCCCAUUCACACUAACUUAGUUGAGUCGUUUUUACAAUUUUCUGUUUUAGUUUUUUGGCCCAUACAAUUACAUUCCUUCAUUUUUAUUUUUUUUUUAAUUUGUAAUGCUGCACUUUGACACUGUGUUUGAAAAGUGUAUUCAUUGAAUUAGGUAUGAAAAGUUUAAAGCAAAACUUGCAUUUGGAAUAGAGUGAUGUAUGUCUGUAACAUUGCAGAGUAGUCAAGUUUCCAACUAAAUGCUGUAGAAAAGGGUUUUGUCAUUAAGGAUAAGAAGAACCUUAUGUAUCUGUGCAUUGAUUACUAUUUAUUUGUGAGUUAACUAUGCAGGAUGUCCACCACUAGAUAAUGAGUGACUACUAUCCUAGGUUGUUACUAUAAAUAUAUAUAUUUUUAAUUUAUAUCAUGUCAUUCGACCUUCUCAUCAUAUUUAUUGCUCAGUGUUUCCCUGCUUCUAAAAUACAGUAGGUAUCACACACAGAAGAGACUAUAAGGGUGAAUGCGCGCGUUUUUUUUUUUUUUUAAGAACAAGUGUCCAUUCCUGGUAAACUUUGAAAUUCUGUGCCAUGUGUUUGUUGUUACCUGCUUGUGGACAUGAUCUUAUAUGCACAGAUUAAAUCUAAAUGUGCAGGUAAUACAGCAACCUAUUUUUCUUUCCUUUUGCAUAUGCAUUCCCCUGAAUUUUUCUUUUAAAGCGUAUAAUUUUUAUAUAUAAUUGGGAUAUUUGGGGUUUUGAUAGACAGAAGAAUUGUUUAUAUUUUUGGUGUGAAUGAUUGAUUUUAUUGUUGUUGUAUGUAAUCAUUGCUGCUUGAGAGAUAGGUUUUUAGUACUGUAAAUCAAGCUAGCUAUGUCACUAAUGUGAGUUUCUAGGAGAAUGCUUAGAGCUGGACUAAUAUUUAGUCAGAAUUAUUAAAGGUUUAUACCAGUGUAGCUCAUCACUCAACAGACACUUUUAGGUCGACUUCUUGGGCUUGUUACUUAUUCAGUUUAACACAUUAUAGUAUUUUAUACUUGGUACUCAAAAGUUAGACAGAGAAUCCUUUUUUAUUUUUAUUGUUUUUAUGUUCUUUUUGCUACAAUGGUGUUUGCACUGAGACUGAGGUUAAGAAUGCAUUUUAAUGCUGAAGGUUGUUGACUGUUGCAAUCGUGUGCAUGUUACUAAUUUAUUUUACAAUACACCAGUCUUAGAAUUCACUAUGGUCAGAUAUUACAAUACAUUUCAGUAUUUUGUGGGGGGAAAAAGCACAUAACCGGUUUUAAAUGAACAAGUGUUUUGUUUUGGUUUUUUUUGGUUAAAAUACAGAUAUUCCAUGUUAACCCACUGUUGUAGAGUGCUUUGUUUGCAUGUAAGCAACAUGUCAUUAAUCAUGUCUGUCAAAAAUAUUUUAAUCAAUAAAAUUUUUGUUUUCAUAAA